ACCAUAACUAUUGCAUAUGAAAAUCUCCUUUAGCCGAUCAAAAUAAACAACGCCUCAUCACAUCAACCAUUUCUUCAACACCUCAACAAUAUUAUCAAACCAAAAUCAAUGGCUGAACUGGUACUUUCUGCCCUCCUCCCUGUGCUCUUUGAAAAGCUGUCCUCUACAACUUUGAAAAGAAUCGCUCGCAACAACGGAAUUGAUGCUGAGAUCAAGAAAUGGCAGAGAUCUUUAAUCCAGAUCCAUGGUGUGCUUGCUGAUGCUUCUCAGAAGGAGGUAACCCGUACACCUGUGAAACGAUGGCUCAAUGAUCUCCAGCAUCUGGCUUACGACAUAGAUGAUGUCCUCGAUGGUUGGCUGACCGAAGCCAUGCAGCAUGAGUCCACCCACGAGUCAGAAGGCAUCAGCAACAAGGUAAGAAAGUUGAUUCCAACUUGUUGCACAAACUUCUCACGGAAUACUAGCAUGCAUGACAAGUUAUAUAGUAUUACCGCCAAAUUGAAAGAUCUAGUUGAGGAGAAAGCCGCUCUUGGUUUGAGCCUCACAGAGGAUUCAAGGCCAAGAAACAAUAAUAACAUUAAUAAUAGAAGAUUUCAAUCCUCUGUUGUUGAUCCAUCUAGUAUUGUUGGACGCCAAGCUCAGAAAGAGGCAUUGCUCCAACAGUUGUUGUUAUUGGGGGAUGAACCAUGUGAUCAAAAGUUUAGUAUUGUUCCCAUAGUUGGCAUGGGCGGGGUCGGUAAAACUACUUUGGCUAGACUUUUGUACGAUGACCAACACGUCAAAGAUCACUUUGAACUCAAGGCAUGGGUUUGUGUCUCGGAUGAGUUUGAUAGCUUUCGUAUAAGCAAAGAGAUCUUUCAAUCUAUGGCAAACAAGGAAGUUUCAGAUUUUAAUCGGCUUCAAGAAGCUCUUAGAGAUCACGUAAGGGAUAAAAAAAUUCUAUUGGUACUAGAUGAUAUUUGGAGUGAAAGUUAUGCAGAUUGGGAAACCCUGGCCAGACCAUUUUAUACAUGUGCUCCAGGAAGUAAAAUCAUUUUAACAACACGGAAGGAUCAAUUGCUCAAACAGUUGGUUCACAAUCCUCAAAACAAGCAGUUGCAAAGCCUAUCAGAUGAUGAUGCCCUGUCUUUAUUUGCUCGACAUGCAUUAGGUGUAAAUAACUUUGAUUCACAUUUGUCACUCAAACCUUAUGCUGAAGGUAUUGUGAAAAAAUGUGGUGGAUUACCUUUGGCUUUGAUAGCACUUGGUAGAUUGUUGAGAGCCAAAAAAGAUGAAGUAGAUCACUGGAAGGAAGUAUCAAACAGUGAGAUAUGGAGAUUAAAAGAAGGUGGAAUUCUCCCAGCCCUUCGACUAAGCUACCAAGAUCUUUCUGCAACUUUGAAGCAGUUGUUUGCAUACUGCGCUUUGUUUCCGAAGGAUUUCCUAUUUGACAAGGAGGAACUAGUUUUAUUAUGGAUGGCAGAAGGGUUCUUGUACCAGCCAUCUCCAAGCGGUUCAACAGAAGAAUGCUUGGGUCACGGAUUCUUUGAUGAGUUGUUGUCAAGGUCAUUUUUUCAACAUGCACCUAAUAAUGAAUCAUUGUUUGUGAUGCAUGAUCUCAUGAAUGACUUGGCGACAUCUGUUGCUAAUGAGUUUUUUUUAAGGUUAGAUAAUGAGUCGGAGAAGAAUAUUAGGAAGGAGUUGUUGGAAAAGUACCACCAUAUGUCAUUCGUUCGUGAGAACUUUGUAGCUUACAAGAAGUUCGAGGCAUUUGAAACAGCCAAAAGUUUGAGAACAUUCUUGGCAAAGUCUGUUGGGACAGAAGAAAGUCGGAGAGGUUUCUGGUUAUCCAAUAAGAUUCUCACUGACUUGCUUCCUCAGUUACCAUUAUUAAGGGUUCUCAGUUUGAGUGGCUUUUAUAUAAAUGAGGUUCCGGAGUCUAUUGGUACUUUGAGGCACUUGAGGUACCUUAAUCUAUCUCGAACCACAAUUAAACAUUUACCGGAAACUGUUUGUAAACUUUAUAAUUUACAAACACUAAACUUAUGUGGUUGUGUUGAAUUAACUGAGUUGCCCAACAACUUCCAAACUCUUAAAAACCUGCAGCAUCUUGAUGUUAGGGACACCCCGCUUUUGUUUCAGCCACUAUCAAGGAUAGGCGAGUUGAAAGGCCUACAUAUUACUCUCUCACAAAUCAUUAUCGGAAGCGAAAGUGGAUCUGAAGCAGCCAAAAUUAAAGACUUAAAGAAUCUAUGUGGGAAAGUUUCCAUUGUAGGCUUGGAAAAAGUGCAAAAUGCAAUUCAUGCACAUAAAGCAAACUUUUCAGAAAAGAGACUUAGUAAGCUAGCGCUUGAAUGGAGUGAUGAGCUAUAUGAUUCACGUAAUGAAACGCUUGAAAAAGAGGUCCUUAAUGAGCUGAAGCCUUGUGAUGAUACGUUAAUAGAACUCAAAAUCAAGUCAUAUGGGGGAUUAGAGUUUCCAAACUGGGUUGGGGAUCCCUUGUUUCUUCAUUUGAAGCAUGUGGUAAUAAGUGAUUGUAAGAGAUGUACAUCUCUACCGCCACUUGCGCUGCUACCGUCACUUAAGGAGUUGUUUAUUCAAGGCUUAUUUGAGGUGGAAGUUGUGGGUUUUGAGUUAUUUGGUGCAGUUCGCACAUUUCCUUCACUUGAAAUUCUGAGUUUUGCCGAAAUGCGUGGGUGGAAGAAAUGGUUAGGGGCUGUGUUUCCACGCUUGCAAGUUCUUACAAUAAACAAUUGUCCUAAUUUGGUUGAAGUUACACUUGAAGCUCUACCUUCAUUGAAUGUUCUAAGAUUAUACAAUUGUCCUAAUUUGGUUGCAGUCACACUUGAAGCAUUACCUUCAUUGAAUGCUCUGAAUAUGAGUAACUGUGAUAGUGGUGUGUUGAGAAGCUUGGUUGAAGUAGCUCCAGCAGUCACCAAGUUGGUUAUAAAUGGUAUUUCAAGUCUUAAUGAUGUGGUGUGGAGAGGUGUUAUAGCAUAUCUUGGUGCAGUUGAAGAAUUAGAGAUAUUAGACUGCAAUGAAAUAAGUUACCUGGUGAAAUCAGAUGCAGAUGCAAGUAAGUUUCUUGUGAAGCUAAGGAAAUUGAAAGUGGGUAGUUGUGAUAAUUUGGUGAGUUUAGGAGAGAAAGAGGAGGAGGACAAUUGUGAUACCAACCUCCUAACAUCUCUUAGGAUUUUGAGAGUAUGGAAUUGUAACAAUAUGGAGCGUUGCCGUUGUCCAAAUGGCAUUAAGGAGUUGAGUGUCAGUAAUUGUAGUUCAGUUUCAGCUGUCUUGUUUCCAAAAGGAGGACAGGAGAAGCUCAGGGUACUUAAAAUCUUUCAGUGCAGGAAACUGUUGGAAAGUGAAUGGGGAGGACGAAAGAUGAACAACAACAGAAACAGAAACAGAAGCAACAUGCCAAUGCUUGAAUGUGUAUAUAUAAGAGAUUGGCCAAAUCUCAAAACAGUCAACGAACUGAUAUGGUCGGUUCACCUCACUGAAUUGACAAUAGAUGAUUGUGAAAGUCUUGAGUCAUUUCCUGAUAAUUUGACAUCGUUAAAGAAGCUGGUACUGAUGAAUUGUCCCAAAUUGGAUGUUUCCUUUCUUUGUGACAAUUUGACAUCGCUGGAGAAAGUAGAAAUAUUGGAUUGUCCAAGAAUGGAUCCUUUUUCUCCUGGUGGGGUCUGGCCUCCCAAUUUGCGUUCCUUAAAUAUAAGGAUGUUGAAGAAGCCUUUUUCAGAGUGGGGUUCACAGAAUUUCCCAACCUCACUUGUGGAUCUACGGUUAUGGGGUGAGGAUGGAGUGACUAGUUGUAGUCAAAUUUCUCACCUUCUUCCCUCAUCUCUUACUUCUCUUUACAUAAAUGGAUUUAAGAAUUUGGAAUCAGCUGCAAUGGGAAUCCAACACCUCACCUCCCUCCAACAUCUAGAGUUUUUCAGUUGCCCUGCUCUAAAGAAAGUAUCGCAUCCCCAACACCUCACCUCCCUCCAGUUUCUCACUUUUCACAAUUGUACUAGCAUGAUGGAUCUACCAGAAAUGUUGUUGCCUUCACUAUUGAGAUUAUUUAUCGUGAAUUGCCCGAAUCUGAAAGAAAGAUAUAGUAAAGGAGGUAGAUACUGGCCCCUCAUCUCCCAUAUCGCCCGUAUUAACAUAGGAUGAAGUUAAUGCCAAGAGUAUAUUGGGGCAGUUGAAGAGUCAAGCAUAGAGAAUUGUAGUGAAACAAGAUACCCGGUGAAAUCUGAUGCAGCUGCAAGUAAGAUUCUUGUGAAGCUGAUGAAAUUGCAAGUGUUUGAAUGUGAAAAUUUGAAAGAAGCGCCAAACGAAGAGGUGGAGAGAGUGAUACUGGAAUCAGGAGGUGUGAAAUCCUUGAUAGGAUGUUUACACGGGAUCUCGGAAACUCACAAGGCAAAAAAGCAGUCACAAAACGGAUCAAACGUGAAUAAGAUGAACUCGGAGAACACACUUGCGGUUGAAGGCGGAAGAGCGUGUCCGGUGCCAGACGGACUACCGAAGAGUCGUGAAGAGAUGGAGGAAGAAGAGAAGGGGAAAAUGUCGGACUCUCCGUUCACCAGCUUAGAUCAAAAGGAAGGUCCCCUGCUUGGUACUCCCCUGCUCCUGAUCAUGAAGCGUAAUAAUUUCAAAACCGUUUGAUUAGGUUUUAGGACAACAUAUAUAGUUUUGUUUAUGAUUAUUAUAUGAGUUUUGCUUGGUGUGUAUGUAUACAUUUUGUUGCAAGGUUUAUAUGUUCAUUAUUUUAUGCA